AUGACUCAAAAGAUGGCCUCCGAAUCUAUCCAAUCCCUUGCUCCAAGGCUAACUGUGGCCAGGAGAAAAGAGGCGCUUGAAUUGAGAAAGGUACGGGUCUAAAUAGAUACAAUAGAAUAUAAAAUACGUUUGUGCAUCUAAAUUCUCGUGUUAAAUGUUUUUGCAAUGGAUUCUAAAUUGUGUGUUACCCUUUUUCAGACAAUGAAACCUUUGUUGGAAAAGAGAAGGCGCGCCCGUAUCAAUGACAGCCUCAACCAUCUGAAGACUCUGAUCCUUCCACUCACAGGGAAAGAUGUAAGUUCCAAAUAACCAACAAAUAGGCUACGCUUUAUACGUGUCUAGAACACACAGCUGUAAACAUUUCAUCAUCGAAGUUAUGCUUAUAGAUAGAUACAGUGGACUAACCAUCGCCCUGUUCUCUUUUUGUGUGCAGAAUUCUCGGUACUCGAAGCUUGAGAAAGCUGACAUCCUUGAGAUGACCGUAAGAUUCCUCAGUGAUAUUCCUGCUGCUCAGAAAAAAAGUACCUCAGACAGCUUCAAAGAAGGGUACAAAGCCUGCCUGCAGCGCGUCACUGCGCUGAUCCCCAAAACGAACUUGGACAAAGACUCAUGCCAGCGGUUGAACGACUUCAUCCAGCAGUCCAUGUCUGCGUCCGUCGCCCCAGCCUGUCAGAACUGUUGCGCUCAGAGCUCCAGGGCUUUCCCCCAGAUUCAGCAGAGACUCUUGAGCCUCAAAGCAAACGUUGGCUCCAGAAUCGAGAGCCACUCGAACUCGCUUCCCAACCGGCCCCAGCCAGUGCCACAAGCUGUCAAUGCUAACAUGUGGAGACCCUGGUAG